AUGCCAAAUCUCACCAGCUAUGUGGGCUUCCACCCAACUGCAGAUCAACCAUUUUUAGUGUGCAUUAACGGAGAAAGCUUUGCACAAAACCCAAUGGCUGGCAAUAUUUUUUCCAUUUUGCAGCAUACUUGCUCGAGAAGCUUUUUUCGUCGCGAUCUUUUUUUGUUUAUUGUUUGUUUUUAUUCUUCAAAUUAUUUUUUAUGGCCAGCCACCUUAAUUGUUUGCUUACUAUUUUUGUUACCAACCAGUACUACAAUUAAAAAAAUGAUGACGAGAAAAUCUACAACGAAAUGUAUGAUCAUUAAAUCAUUUACAAGAUCAAGAGAUCCAGGUAACUAUUUACAUUUACAAAAGUAUAAAUUUUGA